AUCUGGACGUUGGUGGUUGGUUACCUGCUGAUGGUUUCAUUCAAGUGGAACAUAAGCACUGAGCGGUACUUAAAAGCAAUCUCUGUACCUGUCUGGAUUAUGCUGCUCUUUCACUUAGCUUCUGUGGCAGGUUCCUGGAGAAUUCCUGUAUUUCUGGUUAUAGUUGUUCUGAUGACUGUAGGCAUGUUGCACGAACAGCAGAAUGGAAAGGAGUCUUCUGGGGCAGAGCUUCCUGGUCAGAUGAUUUCUAUUGCUGCUUCAACAAUUGCCAUGGCCAUUUCAAUGACAGAAGAUGAGUCCAGUAAUGAACAUUCCUCCCAACCCUCAGGAGCAACAGAAGGUGAUCAACCUGCACGUGCUGCAUCAUCUUUCGCCUCCUCUCCAUCUUCUGGGAACAGACAAAGACCUGAGAUUGGAUCUUUGCUUAGAAAAAAGAAAACUAGUGAUAUUUACUUUGUUACACUUGUAUGGGCCAUUGUCAUUGUCCAGAUCUGGCUAAAUUUCUGGAUUGUGCAGCUGCUGCCAGUGCCUUUUGCAGUUUGGGCACUUAAAAAACUUGUGGUUCAUUUUGGAGUUUUGAACUUCAUGGCAAACCGUUGCAAAAGUUGGUGGCAAUUUGUUGAAAAUUUUGUGAAGGAACGUCAGGAAGCUCUUGCUCCACGGCCCAUCAGAGGACUUGGAAGUGUCAUGCUAAAGCUUGACAGUAAGCUGUGGCACUGGCUUAAUAAGAAGAUUAUCGUGUGGUUGGAGAAAAUGCUAGAUAAAAUAAUCAGCAUUUUCAUAAUAUUUUUGCUAGUGAUAGGAACCCUCCUGCUAGCUCUGCUCCUUACUGCAAAGGUACAUCAAGAGAGCGUUCACAUGAUUCAAGUCACAAGCAGCUUGAUCAAUGAGACAGUAGCCAGUCACCCAGAAUGGGCAAACUGGCUCCCAGAAGCACAGGUUAUCCAGAAGGCACUCAACUCAGCAGCCAAUAAUGUGUACCAAUAUGGCCGAGAAUGGAUUACACAUAAGCUCCAUAAGAUUUUAGGAGAAAAAGUGAAUAACACUGCUGUGAUUGAGAAGCAAGUGCUAGAGCUCUGGGACAGGCUUUAUCACUCUUGGUUUGUGAAGAAUGUAACACAUUCUGGAAGACACAAAGGACACAAGUGGCACAUAAACCGUCAGAACAGCUGGCUUGGUGAUAUUCUGGACUGGCAAGAUGUUGCAUCAUUUGUUCAUGAUAACAUUGAAACAUUUCUCUCGAUCCUGGAGUCCCUGUGGAUAGUGAUGAGUCGCAAUGUGAGCCUCUUGUUUACUACAGUUACAGCAUUAGUGACAAUCCUCUUCCACAGUGGGACAGCUCUUCUCAAUUUUGUGCUUUCAGUGGUGAUUUUUCUGACCACACUGUUCUACCUGUUGAGCUCCAGUGAUGAGUACUACAAGCCAGUGAAAUGGGUGAUAAGCCUGACACCUUUGUCUCAGCCAGGUUCUUCCUCAAAUAUAGUUGGACAAUCUGUGGAGGAAGCAAUAAGAGGUGUAUUUGAUGCUUCCCUCAAAAUGGCUGGGUUCUAUGGACUCUACACUUGGCUGACUCACACUAUAUUUGGGAUUAACAUAGUCUUCAUACCAUCUGCAUUAGCAGCAAUCCUUGGAGCAGUGCCGUUUCUGGGGACAUACUGGGCAGCAGUCCCUGCAGUCCUAGAUUUGUGGCUUGUGCAAGGACAGGGAUGCAAAGCCAUUUUGCUCUUGGUUUUUCACCUUUUGCCAACCUAUUUUGUAGAUACAGCAAUUUAUUCAGAUAUAUCAGGAGGUGGUCAUCCUUACCUGACAGGCCUUGCGGUAGCUGGUGGAGCAUAUUACCUGGGGCUGGAAGGAGCCAUUAUAGGACCAAUUCUACUCUGCAUACUUGUGGUUGCUUCCAACAUAUAUAGUGCCAUGUUGGUGAGUCCAACAAAUUCAGUGCCCACUCCAUCACAAGCAGCAUCGCCAUUACAGAUCUACCGGUCACCCAGAGAGAGUUCUGAAGAGAUGAAAAUGGCUGCAGAGUGAUGAAGGUGCUGGGCUGCACCUAUACAACAUGAGGGAACCACUAUCUUCUGUCUUGAGCUCACAACAGCCAAGGCCUCCUGUCCCUUUCCAGCUGUGCCUGGGGCAGCUCGCAGGGAAGCAUAGUUUGGGUUUUAGGAGAAAGCACUUCUCGAACAUGUGCUGGCCUUACAUUGUUGUGCACUUUGCCUCUUCAAGAAGGAAUGUCUACUUCCCAUGGCUUUGCAUACCAACACACAGUUC